AUGGGCCUUGUUGGUACAUUCAAGGUUGAAUAUAAGAAAGGCUUCGAAGAGAGCAAGACCCACUUUCACCUACCCAUGGAUAUGGUACACAUCAAACAUGCUAAGAAGGCCCAAGCUCUGGCCAGCGACCUGGACUACAGGAGAAAACUGCAUGAAUACACUGUGCUGCCUGAGGAUAUGAAGACUCAAUGGGCCAAGAAAGCCUAUGGGCUCCAGAGCGAGCUGCAGUACAAGGCCGACCUGGCAUGGAUGAAAGGAGUCGGGUGGCUGACGGAAGGGAGCCUCAAUUUGGAACAGGCGAAGAAGGCAGGACAACUGGUCAGCGAGGUAACCUGA